AUGCCGAAGACAGGAGAAGGUAUUCAUUUAGAUAAUAAUAAUAUAAAUGAUACUUCUUAUACUUAUAAAAAAAAUACCUUUUCUGAAGAAGAUAAAAAUGUUACUAAUUCAUCAGGAAGUUCAAUUGAAAAUAAUAGUCCUGAAGUCGAUGAAACAUUGAUUGGUGGUAUUGAAAGAAAUUCAUUUUCAUCGAUAAGUAUAUUAUCAGAAGAAGAUGCAUAUGAUGAAAUUUUUGAGGAUGAUCUAUUACCAUUAGAACAAUUAGCACCAUACCUUGCACAUCUUGAAUCACAACAUUACUAUAGAGUGGAAGAAACAGAUGAUUUAAUAAUAAUGGAUGAUCAAGGAGAUGUUAUAUACGAGGAAGUUGUUUUAAUAAGAUCAACAUUAAAUCAACGUUUAGGUUUAACAUUAUGUUAUCAACAUAAUGAUUACCUUAAUCAAGAUGCUAUUUAUAUAAAUGAAAUUGAAAAAAAUAGUGUUGCUGGAAAUUGUAAGAAAAUUCAAAUUGGUGAUCAAAUUAUUCAGGUAAAUGGUAUAAAUGUUCGUUCAAGAGCACAAGCAAUGAAUGAAUUUUCAAAACAAAAUUUACAAGUUACAAUGCUUUUAGCAAGAUCAUUUAAUAUGGAUUUAAAUAAUUCUGAUAAUAUUCAUCAAAUUGAAGGACGUCCAGGAGAUGAAACAAUUAAAGAUAAACCAAAAAAAAUGUUUUCAAAAAAUCGUUGUUUUAAUAGAAAUCAUUCUAAUCUUAGUCCAUUACCAGAACAAUCAGUAUCAUUAGAAUGUGAUAUUGAUGAUGAAUUAUUAACUGAUCAAAAUUCUAAUAAUUCAGUUUUAGAAAAAGAUUCUGGAUUAUCAAGAGGAACUGACUCUGAUCCUGAUAUUUAUACAGUUCCAUAUGAUAAUUUAGAAAAAGUUAAUAAUAUAACAAAAGUAUCACCUCCAUCAAUAACAUCAAUGCCACAAUUAAAAAGAAAUAAUAAAAUAAAUUCAUCAUUAACUAGUACAACAAAAUUUGAAAAAAAUUUGGAGGAAGAACUUAAAAAUUUACAUUUAGAAAUGGAAUUAAUUAAAAAAGAUUGUGAUAAUCUUAUCACAAUGAGUUCAACAUUUAUUCCACCUAAAAAAAUGCCAAAAAAUAAUAUAAAUAAAAAUUUAAUAUCUGGUAUUAUUAAAUCUCCAAUACUUCAACGUCCUUUACCAACACCAGUCGGUAUUUUAAAUAAAACACAUUUAAUUGGAAAUUCUUCUCUGCCAAAUUCUCCAAUAUUAAGCGUGCGCAAUGGCGGAAAAAAAUAUCCACAUUUCGCAAAUAUUAUUGAAGAAACAUCUAGUGCUUAUAAUACAGGUAAUGAUAGCUGUAGAAGUACUCCUAACAAAAAUGAUCAAAUUAAUUUUAUUGACACUACUUUGCAACAUAUAAAUUCAUUAAAUAAGCAUCAACUUUUAGCGGGAGAUAGUGCUGCAACUAUGGGUCCAUUUUUAAAUUCAAAAAUUGGAAAUCAAUCAAAAUCAGUUCUUCUUAAAUCAUCUCAAUUAUGUAAAAAUCAAUUUAUAGAAAAUCAACGUCUUACUAAAUCACAAAAAGAAGUUCACUUUAAUGAUAAUCCAUCAAUUAUAAUACAUAAAAAUAUUGAUAAUAAUAAAAAGGAGGAAGGAACUUAUCAUACUGUAAAAAAUCAUUCCAAAUUUAGAUUACCUAAAUAUACAAUAAAAAAUCAAAUUUUUAUUCCUAAACCAAUAAAAAGUAGUACAUUAAAAAAAACAAAAGAUUCAAUAAAAUAUCGUCCUGGAGAGACAACAUAUGCAAGACCAGAAGAUUUGGAAGAAACAAUAAAACUUCAACAACAAGCUUUAAGAAAAGCAAUGGCAAAUAAAGAAGAAAUUCAUUGUUCAAGUAGUUUACCAUCUAGUCCUAUUAUUUCACAUUCUAAAACAUCAGAUAAAACAUUAAAAUAUGCAACACAAAAACAAUCAAAUUUAUUAUCAUUGGCACAAAAAGUUAAAUCAUCACAAACAGCUGACCCUAUUAAUUAUGAAUGGAAAGUUAAAAGACGUUCUGAUGGUAGUCGUUACAUAAUUAGAAGACCUUUACGUACUCAUCAAAUACGUGCUCAACGUGAAGAACAAUUAAAUAAAGAAAGAACAGGAGUAAGCACUGAUGAUGAUGCUGCUAGUGAAAUGAAAUUAGGCAAAUUUUGGACCAGAGAAGAACGUAAAAAACAUUUAGAAAAAGCUAAAGCAUAUAAACAACGUCAAUUGCAAAAAUUAAUUGAUCAGGAAAAAAAUGUUCCAGAUCAGAUGAUUGUAAAUUUAUCAAAUAAAAAGAUGAUGAAAAAGAAAGGACAACAAGUAUAUGAUAAAUUUGUAACAAUUCAAGAAUUUUUAACUCAUGGAUCACGAGACCCUAAUUGCCCGGUUAUCGAAGGAGUUCUUAGUGUCACAACAGUAUAA